AUGGCCAUUCGUUCCAUGAAGUUCACUCCUGAGGUUCUGCUUGGUGCACCCCGACGGUCCUCAGCCGUCCCCAACGCAGCUGGCACCCUCGCAGUCUAUACCCAGACAUCCUACUCCUUCGAGUCUCACUCCAAGGCAAAUGAGAUCCGCGUCAUUGAAAUCGAUUCUGGUCGAUCUGCCCUCAUCACCAAUGACCCCGGCGCCAGCAACCCGCAAUGGCUAGACACUAGCGACCAACUAGUCUGGCUCAAGUCCAAAGCGAACGGGAACACGAGCUUUAUCAUUGGCGAUGCUCGUCAGGCCGACAACACAUACACCGCAGGCACAUUGCCAGGUCCAGUCUCAGACCUGAAAUUGACCCUCAUCGAGCCCGGCAGGAUCGGCUUCGCUGUGACAGGCAAAGCCAAUCCCGAUGGAUCGCUAUACAACCCCCACGAUGCGAAGAAGCCAUACACAACCGGCAAGCUAUACACAUCCCUCUUUGUCCGACACUGGGAUUCGUAUGUCGAGCCCCAGAAGAACUCCAUUUGGUAUGGUGUUCUGGAGCGGGCGCCUCUGUCGCCAGCCCGCAGACAAGCUGGCAAGUACUCUGUCUCGGGCCUUACAAACUUGAUUCAGGUGUCUGGAUUGGCGGGUGUUGAGUCGCCUAUCCCCCCGUUUGGUGGUACUGGUGACUUCGAUAUCAGCCCGUCGGCAAUUGUGUUUAUUGCCAAGGAUCCGGAUCUCAACCCAGCUACUCAUACCUCUUGCUCAUGCUAUUAUGCUCCCAUGUUCUCGUGGACUAGCAUGAGUGUGCCUGAUGCGAAGAUCUGCAAGGUCUCCGGUCUUCAGGGAGCGAUGUCGUCCCCCGUCCUUAACUCAGAUGGUAGCUCCAUUGCGCUUCUGGCUAUGCGUGAAGAUGGCUACGAGUCUGAUAAGAAUCGGAUUCUGUAUGUCCCUAACCCGUGGGACGGAAACAUGAUUGAGAUCUUCGAGUCGGCCAAUGGCGAAGGACUUUGGAACCUUAGUCCUUCAGCCGUGUCGUUCUCCCAGGAUGACAAGUCGUUGAUCCUUGUUGCCGAGGAGAUCGGCCGCGGUGUCCUUUACCAGCUUCCUUUGGACAAUGCGCAAAAGGUCAAGCCAGACUCACUGAAGAGGCUGACCCGCUGUGGAUUCGUGAACGACGCUGUUCCCGCAGCUGCCAACUCUUCCAAGCUGUUCUUGUCUAGCAGCAGUUUGGUUGAUAACAGCCUGUGGACGAUCAUUGAUCCAGCAUGCCCAGACGACAUCCAAGUGGUGUCAUCAAACGGCCGAGGUGGUGCUGCAUUUGGUCUGACUCCAGCUCAGGUCGAUGAGAUCUGGUUCAGAGGAGCUGAAGACCACCCCAUUCACGCAUUUGUUGUAAAACCCUCCAACUUUAAACCCGGGGAGAAGUAUCCGCUCGCCUAUCUGAUUCACGGUGGACCCCAGGGCGCUUGGAACGACCAGUGGAGCACCCGCUGGAAUCCCGCUGUUUUCGCAGAACAGGGUUACGUCGUGAUCACACCCAAUCCGACUGGCAGCACCGGCUACGGUCAGCCCUUCACUGAUGGCAUUAAAGGCCAGUGGGGUGGUCGACCCUACGAGGAUCUAGUGAGGGGCUUCGAGCACAUCGAACAGCACCUUGAUUACGUCGACACCUCUCGCGCAGUCGCCUUAGGUGCCUCGUAUGGUGGCUACAUGAUGAACUGGAUCCAGGGUCACCCACUAGGCCGCAAAUUCAAGGCGCUCGUAACCCACGACGGUGUGUUCAGCAUGACGUCCCAACUAGCCAGUGAGGAGCAAUACUUCCCUCUACAUGACCUGAAGGGACCCAUCUGGAAGGUCCCCGAGAACUGGGCGAAGUGGGAUCCGUCGCGCUUCACUGAAAACUGGCAGACGCCUCAUUUGGUCAUCCACAACGAGCUUGAUUACCGCCUGACCAUCGCCGAGGGUCUGGCUGCGUUUAACGUACUCCAAAUGCGUGGUGUCGAGAGCGCAUUCCUGACUUUCCCCGAUGAGAACCACUGGGUUCUGAAUCCCGAGAACUCGCUCCUCUGGCACCGGACCGUGCUGAACUGGAUCAACAAGUACGUGGGUCUUCCCGCCGUGUCAGAGGAGCCGGAUCUUUCACUCGGGGUGGCCAAUAUGUCUAUCUGA